GGCAGCCGCGCAGGCGGCCGAGAUCCUGGCGGAGCGCAAGGCCAGCUUCGGCAUGCCGGCGGACGCGCCCGACAGCGCGCUGUUCCCGGCCUACUUCACGUCGGGCGGCACCAUGGGCAACCGCGUGGGCAUACACACGGCGCUGGCGCAGUUCCCGACAGCGUUUGUGUACUACUCAUCGGCGACGCACCACAGCGUCAAGACGGCGUGCCGCGACAUGGCCGCGCACUUUCGCGAGAUCCCCGCCGACGACGUCGGGCGCAUGGUGGCUGGCGAGCUCGUGGCCCAGGCGCUGAAGGACCAGGCCGCGGACAAAGAGGCGCCCGUGAUUUUGUUUCUCAACCUCGGCACCACGUUCGCCGGCGGCUGCGACGACGUGGCCGGGCUGCGGCAGGCGCUGUUUGACUGCGGUAUCCGCGUGUCGUAUACUCACGUCGACGGCGCGCUCGACCUCGGUUUCAAGCCCGACCCCGUCGCCCUGGGCGUCGCCUCGAAGCUGGUGCACGACAUCGAUGGCCGCCCCGUGGUUCAGGGUAUCACGCUGAGCCACUUCGUGCACGGCGUCAUGCAGUCAGGCGAAGUCGUUGUGCACACGGUGCCCUUUCCCGACCACGACCCCCAAGCCGCCAUCGCCGCCGCCAGAGCGUCAUCGGUGCGACCGCCAGCCGUCGGGCCGCGCAUCGUGAUGGAGACGUGGCUGUUCCAGCAGCUAUACGGUGAAGCCAACCUGCGCGAGCUGCACACGUACUGCGUGGGCAACUCGGAGCGGCUGCGGGCCGGGCUCGCGGCGGCGGGCAUACACGCGCGCUACUACCACGGUGGCGAUAGCCUCAUCACCAUGAUCGAGCGGGCGGGCGUGCCACCCUGGGUGGCCGCACGCGCGCACCUGGCUCCUGAGCGAGAUAUGGUGCAUUACAUCACCAUGCCGCACAUCACGGCUGGCGCCGUCGAUGCGUUUGUGGCCGAGCUGGUGCGUGUCGAUGCCGUUUUCACCGGCGAGGGCGGACUGGAGGAUUUCUUGCUCGGGGACCGGUUCUGGGACAGCGUCAGCGGCGGUGUCAAGGAUUUGCGUCUGCGUCGGCUAAGGCCGCAUCACGAGCCCCUCUUCGACGCUGUCGUUGGGCUCCACGAGGUAGCCGAGCCGGGACUGGGUCUGCCCGAGUUCAAGCGCCGGUACGUGUUCAGCGCCAUGUCCUUUGUCGUCGUGCAGGCCGACGAGCCGGACGUGCCACUAGCCGUGUUUCUAGUGCGUGCCUCAGCCGAGGAGGCUCCAAGUGCUGGGCCAGUGUUGGUAAGGCGUGGCGGCGACAAGGUGGGUGCUGAGCUAGCCGAGAUGCAGCAGCGUGCACUGAUGUUUUUGCGAGACCGGCUGGGUUUAAUGGGGAGGAAUGGCAGUAAUGGCCCAGGUACCAAUGGCAGUAAUGGCCCAGGUACCGACGGGAUCGUGGACUAGAUAGGCCUCUGGAAGGAGGCGGAUGUGGUACGCAAUGCGGUGAUUGUAGGUUGCAAUGAAAUCGGAGAUUCAGACCUAGAGGUCGUAAUUCAACGAAAAAAGGAAACCCGACCCAUGCCAAAGCGCCAACCCAACUUGCUCAAUCAUCGGUAAAAUAAAAUAAGCACCUGACCAGUCAGGAAGGGGUCAGCUGAAC